ACAAGGCUGAUGGACACCUCUGAACCUGCACAAGAGCCGCAACAGAGCUCGUACUGCUGGUUUGGGUAGCAUCGGUCUGAGCUCCUCAAAUGCCACUGCUCAGCUGUGCCCUCACUGUGGCCCUAUGUGACACAAGUCCUGGGUGUGCUGAGCAACAGUGGCAAUAAGCCCUGUUUGUCCAUAUCCCACUAGGACUGGUGGCAUUUCUUAAUCAAAGACCUAAUGCGACAGUCAGUCACAAAACGUACAUGCACUGAGCUGCCUCAGGGGCACAGCUGGAAGAGGGCUGCCAGAGCCUGCACCCAGCAGCCCUGCAAUUACAGCAUGCCAGGAAGGAGGGAGAGGCAAGCUGAAAUCCCUUCUGUCAGCAAAAGAACAGGAACUAUGGUUUUGUUGCUCUAAAUGCCUGCUGUGGCUAUAAGGUGGCUUCAUCCUGCUUACUCUGCUUGGUGAGGAAGAUCUUACACCGACCUUAACUCCAGGGGAGACUUCUCAGCUGGGCAAAGCAGAAGAAGGGAGUAAGGAAGAGCUGCAGAGAGCUGAGGUGCAGGGCAUUUUCUGCUGACAGACCUUGGCAGUCAGAUCUCAGUGCACGCCAUUACGCCUGGACUAUCCCUUGCAUGUGGGUAGGUUACUCCAUUUAGGUCUCCCCAGGCUAAACCUGCAUCUUAACUUUGUGCCUUUGUACCCUCUCCUGCUCUAGAGAAGGAAAUUCUGGGAACUCAGAGGAAUUAAGAGGUCUUUCUGCCAGCUAGCUCAGGGAGGACCAGAGGGAACAAGUGAUCCUGCACUGGUUUGUUCCUGCCUCAGCUGUGGCCCCAAACAGCAUUGUGGGGUUUGUGUGCUUUAACUAAUCCUUGAGAAAAGUGAGCUGGAGAUGGUGGACCAUCUUGCAAACACUGAGAUCAACAGCCAGCGCAUUGCUGCUGUAGAAAACUGCUUUGGGGCUUCUGGACAGCCUUUAGCUGUGCCAGGAAGGGUCCUUCUAGGAGAAGGGAUUUUAACCAAAGAAUGCCGCAAGAAACCAAAACCUCGGAUAUUUUUCCUCUUCAAUGACAUCCUUGUCUAUGGCAGCAUAGUCAUCAACAAAAGGAAGUACAAUUCCCAGCACAUCAUUCCCCUUGAAGAUGUCACUUUGGAGACGCUGCCAGACACUCUACAGAUGAAGAACCGCUGGAUGAUUAAAACCUCCAAGAAGUCCUUUGUGGUUUCUGCAGCCUCCCUGACGGAGAGGAAGGAGUGGAUCAGCCAUCUGGAGGAGUGCAUCAGGCACCUGCUGACAAAGACGGGCCGGCAGCCCUCCACGGAGCACGCGGCUCCCUGGAUUCCGGACAAGGCGACGGAUAUCUGCAUGCGCUGCACGCAGACCAAAUUCUCCGCUCUCACGCGAAGGCACCAUUGCCGCAAGUGUGGCUUUGUUGUCUGUGCAGACUGCUCCAGGCAGAGGUUCCUGAUGCCCCGGCUUUCCCCCAAGCCCCUGAGGGUUUGCAACCUGUGCUACAGGCAGCUGCUGGGAGAAAAGAAGAAGGAGGCGGAGGGAGACUGCAGGCAGCAGGAGCCGAUCUGCUCUGCCAUCCCAGGCUAUGAACCCUCCAGUGGUGAUGACAGCGACAAGUCUGAUGAUGACAAAGCUGACCAGUGGCCAGCAGACACCGAGUUCUAUACCUCAGAAGUAUCCUGGUCAUCUUUCCAUAGCUGAAGUCCUAGGGAGUCAGUGGCAUUUAGGCAUUGUGAAACCAGCUUUUGGCCUCCAGUGCACACCCUUCUUGAUGUUUUCCCUGGAAGUUGUGCCUAGGAUGGUGGAUCUUAGCCCCUGCAUGCGGUGUCUGUUUGGGGAGCAGAGAUGGGAUUACCCGUCUGAGAAUGUGUCUCAUAUGACAGAGUGAAGAGAGCAACAGCUCAGUGAAGAGUACAGACUGGGUAGAGACCUGCAGAUCAGGCUUGGCCAAGUGAGCUCAACCUUUGGUGCCUUCGUCUUCCUGUCUGUAAAUACAGAGCAAUACUGACUUCUCUUCUUAAAGGCUUUGAGAUAGGCUCUUGGGAGAGAAAGGAGCAAGAAAUCAUAGAGUUAAACACUUGCCUGCUAGCAGUGUGUUGCUCUGUCAUGGCAAGGGGUGUUCCAACUACUGUUUCCCAUGAGCAUUGCAUGUACAUCAGAGAUGCUCAGUGCAAGCCUGCCAGCCUGAGGGGAUAGCUGCUCAUCACGGUAAGGUCUCAUAGGCUUCCACUUCUACAAGUGGGUCUCUCAACUUGGAAACACUAAGGGAAUAGUGCUCCAAAUGCAGGGAGCUCAUGCAAAACUCAGUGUGAGCCGCCUUAGUAAAGCACUGGAGCAUCCAGCAAUCUCACAUGGAAGGAGGCCAUUUUGAUGGUACCAGGCCAGGAGGGAGAAAGGAAAGGUGAAGGGGACAGGUAAAAUUAUGCAGAGGAGUGAGACUUACUGCAGUUGUCUCAACUAAGUGCAGAGCCCUAGAUCUCAAAAAUGGGCUGUUAAUCUACGAUUACCAGCAACCUAAUGAACUCAAGCCUAUCAGGUAAAAGGGUAGCCCAGGGAAGACUUGUUAAGUCUUGAAAAAUCCAGGAAAAUGCCCCAAAUUAAGAUCCUGUGAAGUACUGCACUUCCACUUCCCUCCUGAGCAGGAGCCCAAGGCAUUGCAUGAGACUCACCUGUGGGCUCACCUAAUGUCUAUCAGUCUUACAAAUCCAAAGUUAAGAUCCUUUAUGUAGUUCCAGGAUUGGAGCCCAAGACUUUACAGUUCACUUGAAUUCAACUUUAAAGCUCAAAUUAAGUUAGAAAUAAGCCAUGUUUAUUCAAGUAUUUUA